ACCAUGACUUUAAGACAAAUAAAUUACGUGAAAUUAUCUCUCGCGUUAGUGUGGAUAUUUACUUCAAUAUUGCUCAUAGCGAAACUGAUGCUAGUAGCUGAUAAGGGCGGUAUCCAUGUUAAGCAGUGGGGACUGUUAAAUAAAGGGACAAGUUCACGAACAAUGCUACGAAGCUCCAAGAAAUUACACAGCUCUUCAAAAACAGUAAAUGAGGAUUUUACACCUGUGAUUAUCGUAGCGUAUCCACGGAGUGGCUCCACGUUGCUAGGCAACAUUGUACAGAAAAGUACAGAUGUGUUCUAUGUAUUUGAGCCUUUGUGGGCACUACACGAACAUUUCUUCAAUAACACUUCUGCCAUACGCGGACACAACCUUGAGUUUAGGCGUCGUCGCCCUUCCAUGACGAUGAAAUAUGAAGCAGAUACUAUUUUUAGGGCGUGGCUUACAUGCAAUACUUCCACACUAGUGGCUAAAGAGUACCGAGUUUACAAAAACUUUCUGCCACUUGGUUUAAAAACAAACGCCGCAACCUCCGAAUGCUUAGAUUCUAUAGACCAUCCGAUUUGCCGGGCAAUUUUGCGUAGAGAAUGUCUCAAGUCGAAGAUUCGGGUCAUUAAAACAAUAAGAACUCCAAUCGACUGGUUAUAUAACUUGAUGGAAGAAUUCCCAACGUUAAAGAUACUUCACUUAGUACGUGAUCCUCGUGCAACCGCUAAUUCAUUGUGGCAUUUCGACUUUUGUGGAGCUGAAGAUUAUGUUGUUAACAAAGAAAGAUACGUUAAAUGUUUGCAAUAUCUUUGUGAAAAGAUGGACGAUGACGUUUUGUCAUUUAGAAUUAUGAAGGAGAAGUACAAGGAACGAGUUCACCGGAUUUAUUUCGAAGAUCUGGCAAUGAAUCCUAAUGCUACAUCGCGUAAACUUUAUGAAACCUUAGGUAUCCAUCAUGACAAAGAGAUUGAAAACUAUGUACAUAUGAUGACCAACGCUAAGGAGGAUUCAGUACGUCCACUUGGCACCUACAGGAAAAACUCCCGGCUGGAGAUUGACAAGUGGAAGGAGCAGUUGAGUGAUUCUGCACUUUACACUAUACAGACAUUGUGUCAUUACUCGAUGAAGAAUUUGGGAUAUAAAACCAUUUAUUAUUAAGGUAAUGGAGUCGUUACUGAGGAAGUUAAGUCUAAACCAAGUAAAUGCACAAUUUUGUGGUCAGUUAUCUUAAAGCUGAACUCUCACAGAUUUAUCGUUUUGGCAACUUUUUUUGUCUUAGAAUGAGCCAAUGUCUGCGAAAAUAUCUUACAACCAGUUAUAUAAGACUGCUGACAAAAGAUCAAAGCGCAGGAACACUACAUGAGCAAAUUUCACCAUUUGAUGAAGGGUGUCUGGUUUUGAUAACUUAGUUUAAACACUUCUAAGGUUUUGCAACACUUUUUCGUCAUACAUUUUUUUUUUUUUUUUUUUAACAAAAACAUUAGCGAGUACCUUUAAGACUAGACUGUUAGUACUUUUAGUAGCUUCCUCUACGUCGUUUAGGUUUAAUAUCUUAACAGAGAAAUUGUAGGACAAUCAAAGGGAGGUUAUUGGAAGAUUUUUUUAAGAAGAAAGAUGUUAGAGUAGUUUUCCUUUGAUUGUCGACUAAUCGGUGUUUUAUAUUUCAACAGAAAUGUAAUACACUGAUUACAAUUAUCAUUUUAAAGUAUACUUUAUUGAAAGCUCGUACAAAUAAGGUGCACACGCUGUGUGUCAUUUUACUAGAAAAUCGCGUACUUUACUAUGUUGGUCAUGAUAUCGUUGUUUUGUAGUGAUUUGCAAAUUUUAUCUGGUACCAUGAUUGAAGAAAAUACAAGUUUUAAUUCAGAUUAAGACUCAGAAAGGUGGAAAUAAGUGUUGCAAUAUCCCUACAUCACAUAUAUCCCAUUAUGUGUUAGUGAUGUAAAAAAUAUGUAUAUCCAAAUGACUUCGCUUAACCUUUUUGACUUUUUUUUUAACUUCAAGAAUGUGAAAAGAUGUAUUUUUCGCAAUUACAAAAUGCACCAAAACUUUAAGUAUAAUCUAAAUUUAGUGCGCACAACAUCAUUACGAAAUUUGCAUAUCACGUGACUUUCUGAAUAUCUAAAAUUCUUUGUUGCUUUAUAUACUAAUGAUUGGCAUUUUUUAACAAAGAAGUUUUUGGUUUAAAUAUUUUUUUAAACAAAAUAAUUCUUCUUUAACUGUUAUUUGCAUAAAUAUUUCAUUUGAAAGCUCAAUUAUAUUCAACUGAUGGAGGUUAUAAGACAAUUGUUAUUGACACAGUACUCUUUCGUGUGUUUGGACAAAAGUAUUAUUUAGUGGGAUGCAAGCCCACGCCAGUAGUCAAGACAAAAUAUUUUUUAUCGUCUGAACCACUAGACCACCAGGACUUAAAACAGCAGUAAACGAUAUUUUGACAUUUUAACAAUACAUUAAUGAUAUCACGUGAUAAUGUUAAUCAAACAAUCACGAAACAAGAAAGCUGUUAGUUAGUGUUUAUUAGUGUUGUUAACGUAUGUAUGGUAACAAUUUAAUAUUUUUUGUUAUUCGGCCACAUAUUGGUCUAUGAUCUUCAGGUAAACAAAUGUCCUGUUAUGUUUAUUUAUUUAAGAAAGAGGAUGUUUUUUCAUGUGGAAUUUCAUCGGAAAAAUGUUUAGUAUUCCUUUAGUUAUUUAUCAAGUUUAAUCCGGCAACCGCUCAGGUACUGUUUACAAAGCGCUAUGCUCCGCCCAUUUAUCUACCUCAUUAGCAUACAAUGAGUCAGUGGUCAAGUUAGUGAUUUCGUUGGUAUUUCCCAUACUUUUAUUUUUAAUAAAGCAUCGUAUGGGCCUCGGGAUUUUAUCGCACAUUAUAUGAGACUCUAUCAUAGUAAUAUACUCACCUUUUUCUCUAAUUAUUUAGUCCUCAGUGGCACAUGGACUUUAAGUACGACUAAGUUACAUAUGCAACAGUUGUUUUUGUAAUGUUUUCUGCUUAAAGGUUUUUAAAUAAAAUUAAUAUUGGAGUUGACUACUAAAUAGUCCCGUUUUAGGCUGCAACGAGAUCUACAAGUGCUACAUUUAACAGUGCAUUUUCAUACCCACUUGAGUCACGGAUCGGCCCACCAUUAAGAAAUAUAAUUAUUUCCAUAUUUUUUGUUUUAACCCUCAUCCACGUGUUUUCACAAAUGUCUUGUUUACAGUUGUUUCUGGUGGAUUUGAAACUUCAUCAGCAAUCAUCACGUACACAUGUAUACGGUAAUAUAGGUAUUUAAAUGAUUAGAGUAGUUUUAAAGGAAUCUAUGUAAUGUGUUACUUUUAGGCAUCUCAUCAAAACAGUUAUAGCUGAAUAAAUGUAACAAAA